UCUACAAAUGACUCGAAUUGCCCCCCAAAAGCAUCAAUGUUGGGUGAUUUCAUGGGUGAAAACGGUGUUAGAAAACGUGCAGCUAUUCCUACUGGUUCAUCAGCCGUUCAAAGCCUACAGGACAGGAUUGUGAAAGCUUUGGAAAGCCUACCAGAAGUUAUCAGUGUAAACGGAACUGCAAUUUCGGCAAAUGAUGACGUCAUUGGUUUUAUUACAGCAAGGAUCAGACUCGAUGUUACAUUUAAUGGUGACGUAACAAUUCAACAGUUGAUACCAUUCCUGAUAUCUGCUAUUGAGGAUUCCGGGAUUAUCAUUCAGAGCCUUGAUCUACUGACCAAUCCCUGUUCCCUGGGAAAUCCAUGUAUUGAUGGAUCUACAUGCGAGAGGGUCGACGACACCUCUGCAGAAGUCCGCUGCAUACAAGAUAUGGUCUCAACAAACACACCGGACACUGCCACAGUGCUCAUUAUCAGCCUCCCCAUAAUCGCCAUCCUGACCAUUUUCCUUUUCGUUGCCACGUGUUUCGUUUGCUUCGCUGUCCGCCGGAAGAGAUGGGAGAUGAGGCAAACGAAUGGUGCUUAUUCUUAUGGAAUACCGGGCUACUUCAGACGGCCAACAGGGGGUAAUGGACGUCCUAGACCGCGAAGAUACCCGAUGGAGAAUACUCUUUCACAGCGUCGCAUUUCUGAAAAGGCAGGCCGGAGGCGAAGCAGGAGUGUCGGCCCCGUGUUCCCGGCGCACACCGACCCUCGGUUCUUGCACGAAGUGAACGCCAAGCUUGAGAUGGGAUUAUAUUCUGGCAUGGAAGACGACGCAUCUCCCGGCUUCAAGUAUCACUACGCGGUAGACGACAAUGGGUUCUCGUACGGAAACCGAACCGGUGGUUACCAUGGUUACUUAACAAAUGGGCCCUACCAACAUGGCGCCACGAAAAGGAGCGAACAGCGUAAAGGAUUCAAUGGAACACUGGACACGUACUUCUGACCGGGCUCCAAAGACAUCACUUACUCCACAUCUUCAACGAUACACGAUAAGUGAAUAUAGUGUAUAUAACCGCGAAUUAGGCACAUUUACACCUCAUGCGAUAGUCGAUGAUAAUCCUUUCGGAGCAGACGCAACGCCCUGUCGAUACAGACCAAUAAUUUGGACAGUUUUUAACUAGGCGUGUGUGUGCGCGCGCAUGUGUGUGAGAGAGGGGGGGGGGGGUUAUGUGCUGAUAAUAGCAAAACACCGGGCUAACUGUAUAACUCAUAGGAAUUAACUUUUGUUCUUUUGAACCUCCCACCCUCAACACACACACACAAUUAUGGUUGCCAUAAUUUACAGUUAUGAAUGCCCUUAAAGCGGGUACAUCUUUAUCAUGUAUAGUGAAAUGACGCAACAAUAUGAAAUACUUAUAAGAGGAGUUUACCUAUUUAAGAUUUGACCGACGAACAAACAGGUCAUGUUCACAUUACAACCAAAAAUCAAAUGCUUUGGUAUAAAUGAGUGAAUGGUCGAAAUUGAACAGGAAAAUUUCAGUUUUACAUGAUUGUAAAAUGAGAAGUAUAUAUUAUUGUUAAUGUAAACAUAGGACAUUCCAAUUGGGCGUGCAACCCCCCCCCCCCACACACACACACAUCCACGUUCCAUGUUUCGAGUGCACAAUUAAACUUUUGUAGAUAUGUUAAUGGUUUUAGCGUUUAUUUUGAACAGUACUAAAUUUAGGCCUAUGUCUUCCGUAAGGUGCUCAAAUGAUAAACAUUGUAUAACUUUAAGUAUAAGUAUUUAUUCAUUGUCCAUAAAUGGAAAUUAUAUUUGUUUAGUACUAAUUACUUUGUAAUUAUGGAAUCUAAUUUUUUGGAAUCACUCCGCCUUUUGUUAACAAAUUUGUUACGUAUGUGUACUCUAUUGUAAUAAAUUAUUUUUGUCUAAAUAACAUUGAAAAAAUGCAUUUGUUGAAAUAGGAAGAAAUGAACAGGGCCCUGUCCACGGAGGAUUAUUAUAUCGUUACUGGGGGUGCUGAGCAUUGUCAAAGCAACCCCAGUAACGAUAGAUAAUCCUCCGUUGCCAGGUCCCUGAAAAUGAAUGUUUAUUUGAAGAAAAAAAAUGAAAUGUUGGUGGUGUUGCUGAAGAUGAAUCGUAAAAGAAAACGAAUGCUAAAAAUGAAGCAUAUGUAUAAUCACGAGAGGGGUGGUAUUUUUACCAUAGUUACACGAACGAAACUACCCUUUAGAUAGUGAAUAAGCACAAAAAAGCUUUAAAAUCUCGACCCAUUUGUUAUUCUUUGUUUUUUUAUUGUCAUCAUUUGAACCUUGUUAAUUACAAUUUUAAUUCUACAUAUUUUAAUCAGUCAUACAUUGCAGGAAACCCAUAUCAACAAGCGAUGCUUUCUAGUGAGUCUCGCCUGUAUAGCAGAGCGAGAUUAUUAAGCGCCGCUUUUCCAUCGGCGCACAGUGAGCCAGGAGUGAGCAAAGGUGCGCCGAAAAAAUGGUUUUGGGAUAUGAAAUGAAUUUUUUUUUUUUAUGUUCUCAGCAAAGACAAGGUCCUCUAGAAUAUCACCAUGCAAUAUUUUUCCAAGAAAUUUUAUCAUUAGUCGCCCAUCUUUCUGAAUAUUACCGGAAAAUGACUCUUUGUGUUAAUGACAAUUUUUAUUUAACGUUAAGGUAUAAUAUCGAACAUUGUUAUAUGUUAUGUAAAUCAAUUUUCGCUUUUUAUAAUCAAACAGAUUGGCUUGAAUAAUACGUAUUUAGCGUAUUAUAUUUUAUUUUGUCCAUUAGUAGGUUAGUCAAAGUAGAGUCAUAGCGUACUCAGUCGACAAUUCUAUUUUUGUAACGAUUGUAAUAAUGAAAACCAAAUAAAAGUUUGGGUAUUA